AUGGCGAUUCCAUGUAUACAGGUUGAGAAAUGUGAAAAGUGUUUGAACUAUUAUCCUAUUAAAUCUAUCCAUCAAUGUAUGCCUGUUACGGUUGAAGAGCCUAGAAAAUUAAAAAAAAUUUUACCGGCAGUGUGUAUAGGAGAUAAAGUACAGCCGCUUAUAAAUCUUAGUGAUUACGACGGAGAUCAAAAUAAAGUAAAUGACAGAAUAACUGAUUUUAAUUCGACUUUGUGUUUAAUAAACGCUAUUAAGGCUCGUCGUCCGUUGUAUGAUCAUAGAAUACCUUUAUCAGAAAGGUGUGAAUCAAUUAAAAAUAAAUUAUGGAAUGAAGUAUAUGAUGAACUACAAGGUCAGAUUACUACAGAUGAAUUAAAAAAAAAAUGGAAAUACCUAAAAGAAAAAUAUGUACGUGAAAGACAAAAGGCAAAAAAAAGUGGUCUUAAAAGAGGUAGAAGAACAAAAUGGUUACAUUACGUUCAACUGUCAUUUCUAGAAGAAGUUGUAACACAAUGUCAUGACAAAAAUAAUUUAGAUUUAAAUUUAGACAACCAUUCUGAAGACUCUCAUCAACGUUUCACUACUGCUACAGAGCAAAAAAGAAAAGAAACAAAUGUUCAUAACUUCCAAAGACACUUGCUAAAUGAACAUACAAUUUCAAGGCCUGCAUUACCAACAGAACUAAAUGAAGAACCACAUGAUUCUGAUGUUGCUUUUGGAAAAUACAUAGUAGCAUUGAUGAAAGAUAUACCAAUAAAAAAGAGAAAAAAGUUACAAUAUCAGUUUAUAGCAACUGUUAUAUCUGCUCAGGAUCCAGAGUAA